GUUGACAGGUCAGAGUCUGGAAAGUGGAGGAAUGAAGUCCACUGCCAUCUGAACAGAAAGACUUUUUUUCUCUACAAGGAUAAUAAGUGUCAUUCCAUUGGUGCUCAUGAGAACAGCAUGAAUGCCACAAACAUCUGUGAAAAACAGCUUGACACUCUGAAACAUGGAAUUGACAUUUUGAAAGAGAUGAUACUUCAAGGGUUGAAGGAAAAGGUCAACGCAAUCAGAGUGCCCCUCACUCUGCAGGCUGAGAUGUGUGGCCAGUAUGAAGUAGACAAACAUUUCACAGGAUAUGCUAUUAUUAGCCUCAAUGGAAAGAACAUGUUCCAUGUUAACACAAGCACUGGCAACUGGACACAACUGGAUCCUAGAUUCAAGAAGAUUAUAGAAAUGUGGAAGAAAGACAAGGUUGUAGCUGCCUUCUUAGAGAGGACUAUAGAGGGCGACUUCAGGACCUGGCUUGAUGAGCUCAUGUUGCACUGGAAAGAACAUCUGGAGCCUGCAGAACAAACAAAGCAAAGAACAAAAAAUCCAUUCAUUCAACUUGGCCACUCUACUUCACCACAAUCCAGUGUAUGUGACACUAUGAUUCAAUGUCUCUGUCCUCUGAAGUUGAAGUCACCUGUGUUUAUGCAGAUUGACCUGCAGUCCUCAACACCACCUCUGUUGGAUGACUCUUUGACAUUGCCUGAGACGUGUUCGGUAAAGAAAGAAGAUAAAUUUCUGACAGCAUCUCAGAAUUCUGUGCUGUUGACUUCAGACGAUAUUGGUGGGAACCCAUGAGACUGAUGGCCGACAGAACCUCAAGCGCCAGGACAUCAGAGUGCACUAGG